AGACUGGCUGGAGCUAUGCCGUGCGAGUCAACCGUUUGCUCCCCCAACUCUGCACCCAUCUCAGAACCAUUUCCUUACCCAUCUCACCUCCGCAGCUCAUUCUUAAUCCCGACCACGUCCUCACCAACUCCCAACUCCCUUCCACUCCACCGGUAUAUUAUUGCCUCCUUCGCCGCCCCUUUUCCUUUUCCUCGGGACAGAGAAGAGAAACCAGAAAAGGGAGCAAAAGAACUUCAAUUAGAGUUCUUCUCUCGUCUCUUCUCUGUGCUUUGCUCUUUCUUCUCUUUUCUUGCAUUGUGUUGUCUUCUCAUCUAUCUCCGCUCCGUCGCCGUCGGGAUGGGUUCGAUUGCGCCACCGGAGGAUAUCAUUUUCCGUUCCAAGCUUCCCGACAUCGAGAUCAUCAACGACAUCCCCCUACAUACCUACUGCUUCGAGCGGAUUGCCCAGUUCGCCCACCGCCCCUGCGUCAUCGACGGCGCCACCGGCGCCGUGCUAACCUACGCCGAGGUCGACGCCGCCGCCCGCCGGUUCGCCGCGGGACUCCACGGCGUCGGCAUUAGGCGGGGGGACGUGUUCAUGAUCCUCCUCCGCAACUCCCCUGAGUUCGUCAUCGCCUUCCUCGCAGCCUCCUACGGGGGGGCCGUCGCCACCACCGCCAACCCCUUUUACACCCCCGGCGAGAUCCACAAGCAGGCGGUCGGCUCCGGCGCCCGCCUGAUCAUCACCGAGUCGUGCUACGUGGACAAGAUCCGGGAGUUUGCCCGGGAGCGCGGCGUCACCAUCGUCACCGUGGGAGACGGCCCCGCGCCGGAGGGCUGCCGCUCCUUCGCCGACCUCAUGAGGACGGACGCAGGCGCGCUGCCGGCUGUCGAGUUUGACCCGAACGACGUGGUGGCGCUGCCGUACUCGUCGGGCACCACCGGGCUGCCCAAGGGCGUGAUGCUGACGCACCGGAGCCUGAUCACGAGCGUGGCCCAGCAGGUGGACGGCGACAAUCCCAACCUCUACUUGCACGAGGACGACGUGCUGCUGUGCGUGCUGCCGCUUUUCCACAUCUAUUCCCUCAACUCGGUACUCCUGUGCGGGCUGCGGGUCGGGGCCACGAUCCUGAUCAUGCGGCGGUUCGAUGUCGGACCGUUGCUGGAGCUGGUGCAGAGGUACCAGGUGACGAUCGCGCCUUUCGUGCCGCCCAUCGUGCUGGAGUUCGUGAAGAGCCCGCUGGUCGACGGCUACGACCUGUCGUCGAUACGGAUGGUCAUGUCCGGGGCGGCGCCCAUGGGGAAGGAACUCGAGGACAAGUUCAUGGCCAAGCUUCCCAAUGCCCAGCUGGGCCAGGGGUACGGGAUGACGGAGGCCGGGCCGGUGCUAUCGAUGUGCCUAGCAUUCGCCAAGGAGCCGUUCGAGGUGAAGUCCGGCGCGUGCGGUUCCGUAGUCAGGAACGCCGAGAUGAAGAUCGUCGACCCCGAGACCGGCGCAUCGUUGGGCCCGAACCAGCGCGGCGAGAUCUGCAUCAGAGGAGCCCAAAUCAUGAAAGGAUACAUCAAUGAUCCAGAGGCGACAAAGAACACCAUCGACAAGGACGGUUGGCUACACACCGGAGACAUCGGUUAUGUGGACGACGACGACGAGGUCUUCAUCGUCGACAGGCUCAAGGAGAUUAUCAAGUACAAAGGCUUCCAGGUGGCCCCGGCUGAGCUUGAAGCUCUGCUUAUUGCCCACCCUAACAUCGCUGAUGCUGCUGUUGUCCCGAUGAAAGAUGAAGCAGCUGGGGAAGUUCCCGUUGCGUUUGUUGUGAGGUCGAAUGGCUCCAAGAUUUCCGAGGAUGAGAUCAAGCAAUACAUCUCAAAAGAGGUGGUGUUCUACAAGAGGAUUAAUAAGGUAUUCUUCACGGAAGCUAUUCCCAAGUCACCAUCCGGCAAAAUCUUGAGAAAGGAUCUAAGAGCAAAAUUAGCCGCUCGAUUUCCUAUCGGCCCAUUUCCGUGAUCGUCAUCAGACCGUCCGUUAUACUCUCCUUGUAACUCUCGUACGAGAGAAGACGGCUGGAAAUUCUUUCAGGACGUGGCUUAUUAGGGUGGUCAUUUGGUUUUAUAUCAUCCCAAUACAAAUUAUAUGUUUAUUUGUUUUAAAUUCGUGAGAUUGAGUUUGUGAUGUUAUUGUAAGAUUAGACGUGUUUGUCGAGAGGUCACAGACGCACUUCUCAAUGUAUGUGCAAAGCAAUACUAAUUUGUCGUAUUUCCCACAUCUCAUUUGUAGCACGAUUUAACACUUAUUAGUUCCCA